GCUGAUUUCCUGACUUAAAUAUGAAUUUUGUAGCAGUUAAUCCACUCUUCUUGCUGGGUUUGCUGUACUAGUUAUCUGAAAUUAUGUAUCUAUCUGGGAGUCUCCAUAAAAAAGACUUCCAGAUCAUAUUUCUUAGAUAAGACAUAAAAUAUCAUCUAAACAUGGGUGCUUAAACUGCAUUUUGUAAAAUAAUUUAAGCAUUUAAAUUUUAUAGGUUGUUGAGUUUCCAUGCAAAUGUUAUCAUAAGUGUUUCUAAGCAAUAUUUAAAAGGAAAAAGAUUAAUGGAAGCUUGUCUACUACAUCUUUUGAAAUUACCAGAGAUAGCAUCACAUCAUUGAUCUUACUGUGACAGCCUCUGAAUAGUUAUCACUUGUCACAUCUGAGCAUCUCAUUCUUUCUUGUUGCAAGCCAUAGUCCUACUGUUAAUAAAACAUGACAGGGCAGCUGAAAGAUCAAAAUAUUUCCUCUUAAUACAUCAUUAUAAAUAAAUAACAGGGAAAUGUAAUCUAACAUCAAGUUCAAAACCUGUCACGUUUACUCAGCUUGUCAACUUCAGCUGUAAUUUCUAUCUCAGCUUGUAAAACAGGGAAGGUUUGGCUGAGUCUGUGUACAAGAAAGCUUUAAAGGAAGAAUGUAUGUAUAAGAAAAGAGAGCUGGAAACAAAGAGGGAAACAAAUGUUGGAGGGAGGUGAAAGUUAAUAUUUUCCUGGGGAUUUUGACAGCAUUUAUAGUUUCCUUGAAUGUUUCUGCCUUUUGUCCAGGAUUUGGGUGAGUGAAGAUCACUGAAGUCAGUCAUGUGGGCUCAUCUGGCCAACUGCCAGUCUGAAUUUUGAAUUCAGUGUUUUUAAACAAAAAUAAACAAUUAGUCAAAAUUACUGGGUUCCUGAGGUACGCUGGCCAGCACUUGGUUGUUGUCUCUUUUCUUCCAACAGGUCACAGCUGAGUCCUGCGGGCAGCAGCUUUUCCAAGUAUGGCUCAUUUGGAAGGAUCCCUGCCCAGGGGUCACAGGUAUUGCAGUGUGAGGCCAGCUUUGGACAAGUUUUCAUGUUCCGCUGUCAUAUCCACAGUUAAUCCCUGCUGCAGGAGUUCUUUUGUUGUGUACCCUGCCUGGGUCGCUGAGCACCUCGCCCCCCAGAGGUGCCAGUGGAUCAACCACUGCCUCCCCUCCCCUGGUCCAGCAUGGAAGAGCCUGGGGGAGUCAGGGGGCACAGACAGCAACAUGCCUGUGCUGGCUAGAGGGGAACAAGAUGGAUUUUAUUACCCUGGUACAGUAAAAAAGGAGAUAGAGAGUGAAAGAGGCAUGUUCCUGGUAGAGUUUGCCAAACCACUUGUGUCACAUGGAAGGCAUCCAGUGUGUGUGCAAAAAACAGCACAGGGUGACAUCCUGGAAUAUGUGAAUGGGAUGAAGCACUCCUUGCUCCCUGGAGACAGAGUGCUGGCACCCUGGGAGCCAGAUAGGGCCAGGUAUGGCCCAGGAACUGUCCUCAGAGGCAUUGAGACAAGGGAUCCCUUACGAGCCUCAGAAGAUGAAGAAAAAGUCCAGUUCUGGAAUGACAAGCAAGUGAAACUCCCUCGUGGUGUGGCUCUGUGGAUCCCUCCCAGCCUGUGGGAGAGGAUUGUGGAGAUGAUGCACAUGCCCUUCACCAGCAGGGUGAAGCCCAGACCAAGCCAGGACUCUAACUCUUGUAUUUUUCCCUGCAGUCCCAAGGCAGCCCUGAUUCCUGUUUGCGCUAUAUGUAGCCUUGCCAAGCACUGCUUGCUCUGCUCUCCCUGCUGGCCACAUUCCCACCACCACUGUGCUGGUGGUAUCUGCUGUCCAUCAGCCUGGGUAAGGUGCAUCUGCUGCUGCCAUCCCUGUGCUGCUGCCUGGUGGCCUCUUCCCUCCAGGUCUCUGGUCUUUCAGGACAAAGCUGAAGAGGCAGAGUCCAGCAGUGAGCUCUCUCCAGGCCUUCUAGAGCUGAAAGGCACAAAACAAGGAGAGGCUGCAGCUGUGGCAACAUCUUCUUCCUCUUCUGGUUCAGAGAGGGACCUGAAGCCAUCCCCCACUAAGGGUACUGGGGGGGACAGUGCUGUUAUCACAGGCUCCAGCUGUAUUGAAAAGCCCAGGCUAAAGAAUUCUGCAAGACCUGAGGGGGAAUACUGGAAAAGAAGCCACCACAAGUCCCAUUCCAGUAAUUCAGGACCUGGAAGUUGCACAAAGGGCCAGCUGGAAUCCAAAGCCAUCUCCACUGGGGACAUGUCCAAUGUGGCCCCAGCUCAGCAGAGUGCAGUGUUUGAAACCACUGAACAGACUCCCAGAGGGCAACUCACACUGAAAACAAUCCUAAGAGACCAAGAUUUCAAGCCAUCAUUGAGGGAAGGCUUUGCAGCAUCAGAAGAACAAAGAUACAAAGCAGCAUCAGAUGAUAAAUGUGAAGCCACUUGUGUUGGAGCUGACAAACCUGAUGUUACAGACCCUGUCAGAGCUCACUUGCAGCAAAGCAGAGAGGGACAUGAUCAACCAGAAUUCAGUACAUGUACAACUGAUCAAGUCCAGGGGCUGAAAUUUCAGAGAGAUCAGAUGAGCUAG